CAAACCUCAGAUGAACAUUAGCAGCAGAAGCACCAAUCUGUCCCACGAUAAUGAAUCGGUGCAGGUCAUGUCUGGCAGCUUAGACUACAGAUGAUUGUAACAAACCCUCUGCUGUGAUAAGUAAUGCCCAGGAAGUUAAUGACAAAGUAUAUCAGAAAGCUGUGGAAGUUUUCAUGGAGGACAUCUCCCAGGACUCGGAGAACAGCCUCCCCCUCCUCCCUGGGAUAACAGGAAGGAUUUCCAUACGUGUGAAGCCGUCCCAUGGGCCGUCUCUGGGCGUGGACUCCAUUGACUUCUCUACGCUUCCUCUUUCGUUUCCUGUCCUUGACGUAGAUAAUGGCCGACCUGACAGACGAGCUGCGCUGCCCCAUCUGUCUGGAUAUUUUUACCGACCCUGUAACCCUGCUAUGUGGACACAACUUCUGCUGGAAAUGUAUCGACCAAGUCCUGAGGAAGAAGGUGUCGGGAUCCUUUAUGUGUCCUCAGUGCCGGAAAAGAUUCCGAUCCAGACCCGUUCUCACCAAGAACACGAACCUGAGCAACAUCGCAGAGCGGGUCCGACCGGCAGAACAUUGUUCCGUCAUAUGCAACUACUGCGACUUUGUCACUCCAGCCACCAAGACAUGUCUGCAGUGUGAGACCUCCAUGUGUAAGAGACAUCUCCAGUAUCACAACAGGUCGGUGCAGCAUGACUUGAUUGACUGUGUGUCUACCCUGGAGGGCCAUAAAUGCCCCAUUCACAAUAGGAUGAGGGCGUAUUACUGCCCAGCCCAGGGGACUUGUAUUUGUGUGUCCUGCUGCUUCUCCAAAGAAUAUCGGGGGCUCCCAGUGAUGCCGCUGAAUGAGGCCUGUGAGAAGAAGAAGAAGAGACUGAAAGAGAUCCAGGAGGUGCUAAGGUCAAAGAUAGAAAAGAAUGAAAGACAAAAAGAGAAUAUUAUUAGGAACAUUCAAAAACUCCAGAGGAACGCGGAGGGCGCUCUCACCCAGGGGACCUUGGCCAAUAAGGAGCAGAUCUUAGAAGAUUUCACCAACCAGCUCCAGGAGCUAGAGGAAAACAAUGAGCAUCGGGAGACAAAGAGAAUUCAUAUCGAUUAUCUCGGCUACGUCACCGACCCCAUCGACUUCCUAGAAGAACUGGUAAUAGAUACAGAUGACGGUCAGGACACUGCCGGAGAUACAGGGACUGUCCAGAGACCGGAGAUAACAUCAAGGACCAAAAAGUGGUGGUUUCCCACACAGAAGCCUACAGACGUAUCACUGGAUGUGGACAGCGCUGGCCAUGGUGUCCAUGUGUCACAUAACCUGAUGACUGUGAUCGACUCAGAAAUAAACCUGACGAAACAGCCCCAAACACCAGACAGGUUCCAACCUAACCAGGUCUUAAGCACUGAAGAAUUCGACUCGGGGAGACAUUACUGGGAUGUGGAGACCAGCGAGUCCGGAGACUGGAUGAUCGGGGUAUGCUACCUCAGCAUGGACAGGACGGGGAAAAAAUCAUUUCUGGGAUGUAACAGUGCGUCGUGGUGUCUGCGGAGACGGAACAACGAGUUCUGGCUACAACAUAAUAAUGUCUGUCUCUACUUGCCUCACGUCACCUCCUGUCACACCGUGAGGGUCUCCCUGGAUUACACGGCCGGCAGGUUGUCCUUUCAUGAUGUUGGUUCUCUCAUCAGUCACCUCCACACCUUCAGAAUCAUCUUCACCGAGCCCGUACACGCUGCAUUUACCUUAUUCAGUGGUUGGCUGCAGAUCAGGAGUCCGCCAUAGACUCCGACUCCCGAUCACAGAACGUUCCGCCAUAGUCACUGGACUAAGCCACAAUGGAUGUGGAGUAUUGUCAUUGUUAUAUGAUUAGAUCCCGUGUGGACAAUGUUCAUCUGACCAUGAUGGUGCGGAACCUCAGGAAGGGCCAGGAUUCUGCUCCCCAUCUGGAAGAAUACUGCGCCUCAUUUCUACCGUAACCUCCUCUCUAGACUCUGGGAAGCCCAAAAUAUAGAAUGCCAGCCCCAACAAUACAUUGGACUGUGUGUAUGGGGGUCUCCUUCUGGGAGCUGCAGUCAUAUACAGUGGUCCCUCAACUUACAAUGUUAAUUGGUUCCGGGAUGACCAUUGUAUGUUGAAUCCAUUGUAUGUUGAGACCAGAACUCUAUGGAAACCUGGUAAUUGGUUCUGAAGCCCCAAAAUGUCAUCCUAAAAUAGGAAAAAGUGAGAAUUAAAGAAAAACAAGUAGAUAACUAAUAUAGAUAAAGCCAAUCCUUACAUAUAAAAGUAAGAAAGAUCUGCUGGGAGCUGUAAUCACUGUCUAUUUUGGUGUUUCCCAACCAUGGUGCCUCCAGUUGUUGCAAAACUACA